UAUUUACUUGAAAUGGAUUGUCAUUAUCGUUACGAUUCCACAUUUUGCGAAAGUCACGCGUACGUUGCUUUUUCAAAAUGUGAUUACCGUGAAAAAAAAAUAUCGUGUUAUUAAUGUGUAUUGCCAAGGUUUGUUGUUAAUAUUUUGUACAGCUGCUACACACUAUUAUUAAAGUGUGACAAGUUCACAGAACCAUCAGAUAAAAUUUAUGACAACACUUUACAAUUAUUAUGCACUUUGAAGUGGAAUCUUUGCAGAAAUAUCCAGCCUCAAGCAUGAAUAAGUCAGUGGAAGAUUUAUUAAUCUCUAGUCGCGAUGUAAUUACGAACAUAAAUUCUGCUGGAUUGGAAAUUCAAAAUUCAGCAACAAGUAUGGGAAAUGGUGUAUCAGAUAAUAUUCAAGAAUCAUUAAUUGGAACUUCUGGAGAACGAUGUAGUCCAGUUUCUAGUCCUAAUUUAUCUCCACGCCCUAGUCCAAAAGCACGUUGCAAACGAGAUCAUUCUAAAACAAAUUCUGAUUCAACUACCAAAGAAUCUAACAAUCUAAACAAAUUAGAUGAAAAUCAAUUACAUGAUGCGGCAAAUAAAUCGUCAGACUCUUCCCAGACUGCAAAAGUUUCACAUGAUGGAAGAAAGGAAACACGUAGUGGAGAGCGAAAUAAAAAAAAGUCAUCUUGGUACAAUGUUUUAUAUCCAACAUAUAAAUCAAGGUCUGAUGAUUUCAAACGGAUAUUUAAAGAUGUUCCCGAUGAUGAAAGAUUAGUUGUUGAUUAUUCAUGUGCACUACAACGUGAAAUAUUGGUUCAUGGAAGACUUUAUGUUUCUCAAAAUUAUGUAUGCUUUUAUGCAAAUAUCUUCAGUUGGGAAACCUUAGUAUCAUUGCGUUGGAAGGAUGUCACAUCUAUUACUAAAGAAAAAACUGCCAUUGUUAUUCCUAAUGCAAUUUCGAUAGCAACUGCCACAGACAAAUUUUUUUUAACAUCUUUUGGAGCACGAGAUAAAACAUAUGUAAUGUUAUUUCGUGUCUGGCAAAAUGCCCUUAUUGGCGAGUCAAUGAGUGCAGCUGAAAUGUGGCAACUCGUUCAUUCCUGUUAUGGAGAUGAAUUGGGUUUAACAUCAGAUGAUGAAGACUAUGUUCCACCAUUACCUCCAGUUGACGAUGAAAAGUUAUCAACAAGAUUAUCUGUCGAAUCGUUUUCUGAGGUAGAAAAUAGUAAUGUGGAAAACUCUGCAACUGGACCAGUAGAACAUCGGUCUCGACCAGAUCCAGUUUUGGAUGCCACAGAUCUUAGUGAUACAACAGAGAGCGAUGUUGAAAAGCAUGGAUUGAAAUCAAGCAUUCGAAACAGUGUAGUGUGUACUUCUACUCAUGAUGGGCGACAGAUUGGCAAGGCCACAUUUCCGAUUCAUAUUGAUCACUUAUUUACUUUGUUAUUUACAAAUUCCAAGUUUUUCUUAGAUUUCCAAACCGCUCGCAAAACUACAGAUUUAGUACAGGCAGCAUGGACACAAAAUGAACAGACAGGUCAAAAAGUUAGAACCUUAUCUUUUACAAUGGCUCUGUCCCAAGCUAUUGGACCAAGAACCUCUCACAUUACAGAAACACAGAUAAUGCUACCAUGUAGCAGACCAGGCCAUUUAUAUGGUAUUGAUGUGGAAACUGUAAACGGUGGAAUUCCAUAUGCAGACUCAUUUAGUGUAUUUGUUCAUUAUUGUUUGACUAGUCUUUCUGAAAAUGAAACAAAUUUUACAGUUUACGCUCAAAUAAAGUACAAAAAGAAUGUAUGGGGCCUUGUAAAAGGAGUUAUUGAAAAAAAUUGUUGGGCUGGAUUAGAAGAAUAUUUUACAAGUUUAAUAAAAGCACUCACAACUGAAUGCGAAGAAUGUAUUACCGGUGGAGGACUAAAAAGAAAAGCAAGAAGAAGACGUCGUGUUACAGGAACUGGUAUCACUUUGCAAACUCAUUCUGCAGACCAUACGUCCUCUAAUUUACAGAGUUCUCUAAACUUGCCACAUAUUAAUGAUAAUAGUGUUUCUGGGGUUCGAGGCGAUUCCAAUAUAAUAAUUAGUUCAAUGCUUUUGAUUGCUGUGUUAUGCUUGAUGGUAAUUAAUGGCCUACUAUAUUACAAACUGUGGAGUUUGGAAGAAGCUGCUGCAUAUACAAUCAUGGAUUUACAUGUGUUAAAAAAUACUCCGAAGACUGAAGAAGAUUGGAUUCAUUUAUUACAACAGCAAGAAAGUUUACAUAAUGUAGAAAUGAGGAAAUGGCAAAGAGUACUACAUACCGCUGCACAAUUACUUAGACAAAUAGAGGAAUCACUAACGGAAUUACAAAUGAGUAUUCACCCUACUGCAACGGAAAAAAUGUUUUCAGUCCUAAAACCAAGUAUAAAAAGUUUUAACUCACAUACAGAACAGCGAAGUCAUUCAGAAAUGUAA